AUAGGCGCUAGCGGGGUUCUUUUUCCGUCGUCCGCGCCCUGUUUCCCGCCAGGCGGAGGCUUCAUCAUGGUGGACGUGGUGGAGUUGCCCAAGUCGCGCAUCAACGCCAGCAUGCUCUCUCAGUUCAUUGACCGGCCGGUCUGCUUCGUAGGGAGGCUGGAAAAGAUUCAUCCCACUGGAAAAAUGUUUAUCCUUUCGGAUGGAGAAGGAAAAAAUGGAACCGUUGAAUUAAUGGAGCCACUUGAUGAAGAACUAUCUGGAAUCGUGGAAGUAGUUGGAAGAGUAACAGCUAAGGCAACCAUCAUGUGUGCCUCUUACAUCCAGUUCAGAGAAGAUAGCAGUCCUUUCGAUCUGGGACUUUACAAUGAAGCAGUGAAAAUUAUCCAUGAAUUCCCUCAGUUUUUUCCUUUUGGAGUGCAACAUGAAUCUUGAUGGAUUUUUUUUAUGAUUUCAAGAAGCUACAUCGAUGGAUAUUAAAGGAAUCCCCUCAUAUUUGAGGGAGAGAACUCUUUGAUUUCUAAUAUUUAAUUUGUUGUUUUUAAAAUUCCACUUAUCAAAUGUUAGCUCUUUCAAUCUGCAUUUUUUGAUGGAAGUGGUGUAUUAUUGGCAGUUAUAAAAAAAAUUGCUACUACAUUGUAUGGUCAGAUAAGAUGCAAUAACAAAGCAUCUUGUGUUUGUGUUUCUAUUUUAUUCAUGAACUUUGGUAUAUACUAUUGAUUACUUGAUCUUUAUUUUUGUAAGCAUGUAUUCAGACACAAACUUGGAAUUUCAUAACGGUAAGGUCAUGUCUUAGGCCUAGCAAAUGAAACUCUAGGUCAACUCUGUUAAGGACUUACUAGCUCAUAAAUUCUACCAUGUUAAUUAUUCUUCAAUAAAAGUGAUUUUUUUUGUUGGUC